AUGGACAUUCCGAAUCAAACGAUCCCUGUCCAGGGCAAUUCCUACCUUCCCCAGCAGAACAUGCAGACGUCCGUGUAUCAGCAGCCGCCAGGGCAUGCCCACCCUCAUCAGCAACCGACUCAGUCGCAGCAAUCGCACUCUAAACCUAUCGCUUUCAACGUGUCAGAUCACUACCAGAUUCUUGAUGUCGUGGGCCAAGGUGCCUAUGGAGUGGUUUGCCUGGCGAUCCACAAGCCUACUCAGCAGAAAGUGGCCAUCAAGAAAAUCGAGCCUUUUGAACGGCUGAUGCUCUGUUUGCGGACUUUGAGAGAGUUGAAGUUACUCAAGAAUUUCAAUCAUGAAAACAUCAUCUCUAUCCUCGCCUUGCAGCGACCCGUGCUGUAUGAAGAAUUCAACGAGAUCUAUUUGAUCCAGGAGCUCAUGGAGACCGACUUGCACAAGGUGAUUCGGACCCAGAAACUUAGUGAUGACCAUAUCCAAUACUUCAUCUACCAGACUCUAAGGGCAUUGAAGGCGUUACACUCGGCUAACGUCCUUCACCGUGACUUGAAACCUUCGAAUUUGCUUCUCAACUCCAACUGUGACCUCAAGAUCUGUGAUUUUGGUUUGGCUCGUUCAGUUGCCUCAUCCGAAGACAAUUUCGGUUUCAUGACCGAGUAUGUUGCAACCAGAUGGUACAGAGCACCUGAAAUCAUGCUCACAUUCCAGGAGUAUACUACUGCCAUCGAUGUGUGGAGUGUGGGGUGCAUUCUUGCUGAAAUGCUCAGUGGGCGUCCUCUCUUCCCCGGACGAGACUAUCACAAUCAGUUGUGGCUCAUAAUGGAGGUUUUGGGGACGCCAAACCUGGAGGACUACUACAACAUCAAACUGAAGAGAGCGCGUGAGUACAUUAGACUGCUUCCAUUCUGCAAAAAAGUCCCCCUAGGCGAGCUAUUUGGGCUGAACCCGGACGUCAACCCGUUAGCCAUUGACCUCUUAGAGCAAUUACUAGCUUUUAAUCCGGCAAAGAGAAUCACAGUUGAGAAGGCUUUACAGCAUCCGUACUUCCAGUUGUACCAUGAUCCAAACGACGAACCAGUGUGUGAACCUAUUCCAGAAGACUUUUUUGACUUUGACCGGCGCAAAGACGAACUUUCGAUUAGUGAAUUGAAACGCUUGCUCUAUGACGAGAUCAUGAAGCCGUUAUAA